GCAGCACAUCCUUUUCCUCGCACACAAACACACACUCUGUUUGCCUGCUAAAAUUUUGUUUGGUGGUCUUCGAAUCCAAAAAAGUAUGUUUUUGUAAAAAAAAAAUCAUCAUUUGGAUUCAGAAUUUCCUUGGAACAAUAUUGUUUUCUUCUCUGGUUAAAUUUACGAAUCGAAAAAACUGUUUCCAUCUUUAUUUUAUUUCAAGUCAUUAUUUGAAUUAUUUCAAAUUCUAUUCGAUUCGAAUACAUUUUUUUGUUCUUCAAACAAAAUUUGAAUUCUUUUCCUGUCUCUUUCUUCUGAAUUGAUACUUGUGCAGAAUUUUUAUACAUCCAUACAAAAUGAGCGAAGAUUUUACUGAUGCCCCACUUGUCAGCGCUGAGCCUGAUAUGAUUGAAAUCAAAUUAUUCGGGCGCUGGUCAACCAGCGAUGUUCAAGUCUCUGACAUUUCAUUGACGGAUUAUAUAGCAGUAAAAGAAAAAUAUGCUCGAUUCUUGCCACAUUCGGCUGGUAGAUAUGCAUCGAAACGAUUUCGUAAGGCUCAAUGUCCAAUUGUUGAACGUUUGACAAAUUCAAUGAUGAUGCAUGGCCGUAAUAAUGGAAAAAAACUAAUGGCUGUUCGUAUUGUUAAACAUGCUUUCGAAAUUAUACAUCUCCUGACUGGUGAAAAUCCAUUGCAAAUUCUUGUUAAUGCAAUAAUCAAUUCAGGACCACGUGAAGAUUCUACUCGUAUCGGUCGUGCUGGUACUGUUCGUCGACAAGCAGUCGAUGUUUCACCACUUCGACGUGUGAAUCAAGCUAUCUGGCUACUUUGUACCGGAACACGGGAAGCUGCUUUCCGUAACAUCAAAACCAUUGCUGAAUGUUUGGCCGAUGAAUUGAUCAAUGCGGCUAAGGGUUCUUCCAACAGUUAUGCCAUUAAGAAAAAAGAUGAAUUGGAACGUGUAGCUAAAUCUAACCGAUGAAAAUUUUUUGAUUAUAAUCAUAUAAUUGUCACCG